AUGGAGAGCAUAGAAUCGAUGAUCAUUGACAUCUCCACCCUGCGAGCUGCGACCGGGGAUUUCGACGACAAUAACAAGCUCGGCGAAGGCGGGUUUGGUGCAGUGUACAAAUAUCUGCACGAAGACUCUCAGCUCAAAGUAGUCCACCGUGAUCUGAAAGCGAGCAACAUCUUGCUGGACAUGAACAUGAACCCCAAGAUUUCGGACUUCGGCCUUGCGAGGCUUUUCAGACGAGACCAGACGCAGGGUGUCACCAAUCAUGUCGUUGGUACCUAUGGCUACAUGCAUGGCCCCGAGUACGCUUCCGAGGGCAUCUUCUCGGUCAAGUCGGACGUGUACAGCUUCGGCGUGCUGCUGCUGGAGAUCGUCAGCGGCAAGAGGAACAGUGGCCACCACCAAUACAGCGACUUCAUCAAUCUGCUCGGAUACGCCUGGCAGCUAUGGAGGGAAGGGCGAUCGUUCGAGCUGAUCGACCCGACGCUGGGCGAGUGCAGCGACGUGGCGGCCAUCAUGCGGUGCGUCAAGGUGGCGCUGCUGUGCGUGCAGGACAGCGCCACGGACCGGCCCACCAUGGCCGACGUGACGGCGAUGCUGGCCAGCAGGGAUGGCGGUGCGGCGGCGGCGUCGCUGCCCGAUCCGAGGCGGCCGCCGCACUUCUCGCUCAGGGUCAGCAGCAGCGACGACGGGUCGUCGGAGGUAAGGACGCGGUCGCACGGCACCGCGUCCGCGUCGUGCAGCGCGAACGACCUCACCAUCACCACCAUCCAAGAGGGCACAUGA